AAUUAAUCAUUUAUUACACUCACAAUACCAACUUGACUCGAGUCACCUGAGUACAAAGCUUUAAAAAUGUCUACGAAAAGAUUUCCAGUAUUUGUGAUUUUAUUUUUAUUUUGUCAUCUUCAACACAUUAAAAGCGAAACAUAUUCAACGAUGUACAAUGACGAGGAAAUUCAAAAUCUUAAUCAAGGAUCUAAACAAACUGUCCAUACGUUAAAAGGUCGUUUCAAUGAAGAAGCACAAAGGCUCGUCAAAUGUGGAGAAAUAGAAGAAAAUAUGAAAAAUAUUACUCAAACGGCCCCGAAAUAUAAUGAGUUCCAUAAAGAUCAAUCAAUUAAUGAAAAAACUGGCAAGGAUAUUGAUAUUGCGGAUGUAGAAAUGAAAAUUUUAGCUGAAAUGUUGAAAGACUUUGAAGACCAUCCCUUGCGACUUGAUGAGGAUGAACCCGUCAAAACUGUUAACAAUAAUACAGAUUCCCAUUCGAACGAUUACGUAGUUGACAAAACUCACAAAGAGUUUGAAUUUGAAUCUCUGUUGAUUAAAAAUGAAGCUGCAAGCAUGUUCAGAUAUACAGAUGAUGACAAUGAUGAUAAUGAGGACAAUAAUAGUACGAUAACUAAUAAUAAAAAUAACACUAGAAGAGUUUAUCCUUACGAUUCAAACCAGGCGCAAAUUCCGCGAAACUACUACAAUCCGUUUGAAAACCCACAACCACGAUCUAAUAUGCAAUCACCUGUUACGAAUGCGGAUUUAAGUCGUAAGGUUACGAAAGCUAAUCUUAAUAAUCCAAAUAAUCUAAAUAAUCCAAACCAUCCAAAUAAUAUAAAUAACUUAAAUAAUCCGAGUAAUCUAAAUAAUUUAAAUUACAAUUACAACUCCAACCCACCAUUGGGCAACGUGAACAAGGAAAUAUCCCCAUUGAAUGCCGCUCGUGAAACAACAACAGUUUCUAAUGAUAUAGCAAACAUGGUCAGGUCGAAUUUGAUGCUAAUCGAUCACCCCCGAGUUUGUUAUGCUUGUAGUAGCACAGUUAGCCCUUCGUGCUGGUCUCCAGAUAGAAGAACACCAACAAAAUACUGCCGACAGGACCAUAACGCGUGUUUAACGAAACUCUACAGACAUAGAGGUAUAUCUUUCAUUAUUCGCGACUGCGGUGACGCCUGCUUGAACAACAACUUAGCUGAAUACGGCAUUCGAUACAAAUCUUGUACAAUAUGCCACUCCGAUUUAUGCAACGGUGCUUACUCUGUACAAAUUUAUGCACUAAAUAUUAUAAUUAUGCUAUUAAUAUCAUCGUUUUUCAAAAUCACUCUUUAAGCUCUGUAUAAAAGUAAUUGUAUUGGUUCUUAUAAUAUAACCUACUAUU